AUGGACAACACUAUCAUGGCGACAACGGCAACGACCUUCCUCCUCGUCUCCCUCAUCGGUGGCGCCCUCUCACAGCGUCCCAAUAUUGUAUUCAUCGUUGCAGAUGAUCUAGGUUGGAAUGAUGUUGGGUUUCGGAACAGCGAGAUGUUGACACCUAAUAUGGACAAAAUGGCGCGAGAAGGCGUGAUACUGGACAGACACUACGUGCAGCCGCUAUGCAGUCCAUCCCGGAGUGCCUUUAUGUCAGGUGUCUAUCCCUUCAAAUCUGGCCUUCAGCAUCAGGUCAUAGGAGCUCGACAGUCUGUAUGUCUGCCCCUGAACUACACCAUCAUUCCCCAGGAGAUGAAGAGACUGGGAUACGCCACGCACAUAGUGGGCAAGUGGCACCUGGGGUUCUGUGACUGGGCAUGCACACCAACCUUCCGGGGCUUCGACUCGUUCUUCGGCUACUAUAACUCAGAGGAAGACUAUUAUAUGCAUAAUAUGUCCGGGUUUCUAGACUUCAGGAACAAUCAAGAAGCGGAAUGGGAUUACGAGGGACAAUACUCUGCGUGGGUGUUCACACAGAAGAUCGUCAAUGUGAUAAACGCUCACAACAAGGACCAGCCGCUGUUCCUGUAUCUGCCCUUCCAGAACGUCCACUUCCCCACAGAGGUUCCCAAGGUAUAUGAAGACAGGUUCCCACAUGUUGUGAAUACAGGAAGGCGGAUCUUCGACGGGAUGGUGAACGCCCUUGAUGAAGCUAUAGGGAACGUGACCGACGCCUUGAAGGAGAAAGGACUGUAUGACAACACGUUGUUCCUGCUUACAGCUGAUAACGGAGGUGAGAUAUUCAGCCACGGCAACAACUGGCCCCUGAGAGGAGGCAAACACUCUCUGUGGGAGGGGGGUACGAGGGUGACGGCGUUCAUGUCAGGAGCGGGACUCCACAAGACAGGCUACACGUAUGAUGGAAUGAUCCAUGCCGUAGACUGGCUGCCGACUUUGGUUUCCGCGGCAGGGGGAACGCCGGUGACCGACAGGGAUGGAAUAGAUCAGUGGGACUCUAUCAGGAAUGGUGUCCCGUCAAAGAGAACCGAGUUCAUCUACAAUCUGGACGACCUCAUCAUACCGGAGGAAGGCCAGGCCGGCAUUAGGAUGGGUGAUUACAAGCUGCUGAUGGGUUUCCCGGGGACACAAGAUGGCUGGCAUCGACCUAUGAACAACACCGAAGAUGAU